CAAAUAUGGCUUGUGAUUGGGAUUUGUGUAUAUUUUAGUGUUUAAUUCUAAUAACUUUAACUAUAAAAGUUUGCAAUGCAACCUACCUUGUGAUUUUUUCUAUAAUUGAAAUUUGUGAUAUGAAAUAUAACAAAAAUAUACUACAUUUAGACAUAACAGUUUAGAUGUUUAUUAAAAUCGACAAGACGCUAAGUUUUCUAUGGUUUGCAAAAUUUAAUAAAUAAUUGCAUUUCCACAAUGACAACAGAACAAAAAUUCGAUUGUAUUUUUUGCCAAGAGUCAUUUGAAGAUAAAGAGACGUUACAAAUACAUUUCAGAAAACAUGGUGAUCCAAAGUUUAAUCAAAGCACAAAGACUGGUAAAAGUCGUAGUCAAAAUGAAUCACCAACAGCAGAGAGGAGUGGAGAAGAAAGUGAAAUGGUUGAGUGUGAUGUGUGCGAGGAGGUGUUCCUCACCAUAUCAAAAGCUAUAACUCACAAGCACAAGGCACAUCCAGACCAUGACUCCAAAUAUUUCUGCCCGUUUUGUGGAAAACUCUUUACUAUGAAGCAUCUACUCAAUAAACACAUACAGUCAAAUCACAAUUUAGAAGUGUUAAGAACCUCAAAGGAAUUCCAUUGUGACAUGUGUAGCGUCACAUUCAAUGUACCAUCCGCAAUGCUGUACCAUAACAAAUUCUUUCAUAGGCAAGAUACUGAAAUACCGGCUAUUGGAACUUCAAAAAAAAUUAAACUAUUCAACCAGGAAAUGUUACAAGUUUACUAUUGUUCAUUUUGUGGCGAAGAAUUUCACAACAAAGUCAACUUACAUAAACAUGUAAGCGAGGAUCACUGUGAUGAAAAUCAAAGCCCCAAUGAAGUUUUGAGGUGUCCCCUAUGUGAAGCAAUAUUCUAUCACCUUGAUGCAUAUGAAAUACAUCUAAUGUUCCAUUCUUCUGAAGAUGUGUAUAGUGAGAAAAAUGAACUUGUCGACCAAAUUACAGAAUUUUCGCUUGAAACAGUUGCACCUAUUAUGGAAAAAGUAGAGGAAGAAGCAGAACUUGAUACACAACCAGAAGACGAAGGAAUUAAUAAUUUCCUUCAGUUAGUUAUGGGAGACCAAACAGAUAAUGUUUCUAUGGAAAAGGUUAAGCAUAAAAAACAUAAGAAACACAAAAAAUCCAAGAAGGCUUCAAUUACCCUUGACGAAUUCUUGAAUAUGAAUAAAGAUGUUUUCGGAGAUGGUCUUGGGGAUGUACAAGGCAUAGAAGAAGUACCCACGCAAGUUGUCUUAAAAAAAGUUAAAGCAAAAGCACCAGCCAGAAAUGACGCCAAAAUUGUGAAUGCUGAUUUAGCAAAGUUAAAAAAGCAUGGUAUCAUUGUUAAAACAAAACCUAAACACAAUGCUUCUGUUAAAAGUUUAAACAUUUCGAAAGCUAAACAACUUAUUAGUGGUGGUGGUGUAAAUAACAAAAAUAUUAUGUUACAAAAAUCUCCCAAUGAUAUCUUGUCUAAAUUGUUAAACCAAGGUAAUAGCCAGAUAAAAAUUGUCAAGAAAUCUGCUGCACAAAGCACCAAUAAUGAACAAGAUAGUACAUCAUCCGUUGUAUCAGAUGCUAUUAGCAACCCAAGUGAACCAAAUACACCCUUACCCUCAGACGGUGAGAAAGAUUGCGAGACAGAUUUAAAGUCAAACAUUUUAGAAACACCACUAACUAAUGAAUUAUGUAAAGAAUCUAAUGCACCGGAUGAAACCGAAAAUGAAGUUCAUACGGAAAUGUCCAGUCCGGUUUCAAAUUGUAAAGAUAUAAUAUCACACAACCAGAUGGCUUUGGAAAAUGAAGAGACAAAAGCGUUAGAGAAAAUAUGUGAAAGUAAAUUUGUGAAUUCCGAUUUAGCCUCAAAUCCUUGCGAACAGCAAGAUGAAACUAAAUCUAAUGAGAUUGAAAAGUGUUCUGUCACAGAAGUACAUGAUAGUGAUAAGGUAAAUGAUGAAAGCCAUCAUUAUAAUGAUAGUAAAAAAGAAAUAGAAACUAAUAAUGCCAACAAAACACCACUAAGUGCGUUAAAGCAUUUAAGCCAUCUUACAGUUAAACCAUUAGCAAGUCAAAAAAAUAUAUUUCAGUAUAAUAGAAAAGAAGAAUUGACAGUAAAAGAGAAUUUAGAAACUGAUAAUACUCAUAACUCAACAAAACAAGAUACUUUUAAUAAAAUUUUGAAGUCUUGUGGUCAAGUGACUGUCAAAAAAGCAAAUCAGAAUGUCUUGAAUACAUCUGGUAUAGAAUCUGAUGAGGAAAUUGAUCAGGAGUAUAACGAUGACCUAGAAAAUGAUGAUAUAAACCAUGAAACAAUGAGUGAUCUGAAGCACGAGACGACGAACAUUAAUAGAAAUAAUAAAAACGAUAUGGUUGAAAUGAAAGAACCAAAAUUGGAAUUAGUACCACUAUCGCAGAGCAUAUGUGAUAUAUACUUAUCAAACAAAAAUAAUGGUGACGAAUUAGAUAAUUUAACUACAGACCAACAAACAACAAAAGAGAAAAAAGAAGAACAAAAUUUACACAGUUCGAAAGAAACAAGCAAUUUAGAUAUUUUAAAACGACUAACGAAUGUUACAGCAAAACCAUUGAAUAUCGCUAAAGUUUCGAAUCAAUACCCAUCCUGUGUAAAAGUUAAACAAAAUUUUGUCCCAGCUCAACAAAAAAACAUUAGCAAAGGAAUUGAUAAAGAAAUAGAAGUAUUCAAUAUUGAUGAUUCUGAUGAAGAGACUGAUGGGGACACUCUUAACAAUACCUCUGAAGUGAAGUCGAGUGGUGGUGUCUCAAACGAUGUGUUAAAAAAUCUCUCAAGAAAUAUAACUAUUAAAUCUAAUGAAAUGAAAACUGUUCCUAAUAAUAUGAAUAAAAAUAUAAAUCUUCAAACUAGUACCAUGCGGUCAGAUUCUUACAGUGAAAGUUUCACACAAAUCAAACAAUCGAAGGAAAUUCAAAAGAGCUUAAAUUUACAAAAUAAGUUAAAAACCUUGGGCAAUAUAACUGUUAAGUCUAGUAAUUCUUCGCCCAAUGUCUGUAACAAAUCCUAUGAAGAUUAUGAAGAUGAACAGGGAGAGAGUGGCUCUGACAACGAAACAUUAGGCAGAGUAAAAAUCACAGAAGUAAAUGAAGAUGAUAUGAGUGAUGGUGAUCUGAAUGAGCAGCAUUCUAAUGCUGUGGUCGAAUCACCAAAUGCAUCGAACAGUGAAUACGAAGAUAACCAAGACGAUUUUAAUGAUGAUUUGCCAGAUUUCGAAAACCAUAUUAAAAUGACCACAUUACAGAAAAAUGAAGUACCAAUUAUAAAAAAAGCUGUGCCUCAUUUAGAUAAUUUGAAAAAUUUAAAUAAAACUCUUACAAUUAAACCUAUAAAUACAAAGAAUGUAGAACAAGCGCCCAAUGCUGCAUCUAAUAGGGAAGUAUCAGAAGGCCCGAAAUCAACUACACAGGAAAUGGCGUUAAAGCCAUAUAAACCAAAUGUACCGCAAACUGAGCAUCCUUUAAAUAAAAAUAUACACCAACCAAGUGGAUCUUCAAACCAAACUUCAUUCAAUCAAAAAGUUAAUACAGCGUCUAAUCAAGUCAAAACUGUCAAUACAGUCAAACGAUUUCAAUCUCAAACUGUUAUUGAAGAAAUCACAACGACUGUAACGAAAACUAUCAGAACAGUAAAUUCGUCUACAAAUGAAGUUAUGCAAUCUACGGCUCAACAAAAUAAACCGAUUAAUAGACCACAAAAAAUAUUAAACAAACCACCUGGGAAAGGAACAGCGAUCCGACACUUAUCACCGACUAUCGGGACUAAGAUAAGGAAUGCCGUACCAGUAGCGAGAUCGCCAAACACGACCAUCGUCAGACCAUCGAAUCAGGUCGUACCUGUACGGCCCGUGUUCAAUCGGCCGAGGUUUCCUGCCCCCAGCAUAUUAGCAGUGAGGAAGGUCGUUCCACCUAGAUGUAGUCCGCAAAGGCCUGCAAUAGGGAGAUUAAAAAUUUCGCCAAAUGCUUUAGCGCAGUCAAACAAGAGACCAUCAGAUGAAUCUCUCGGAAAUUUCUCUGCCUUUAAGAAACCUAAAGAUAUGAGUCCCUCAAAAGAGUUGGCAGACUUCAGUGACGAUGAUUCGCCGAUGCAGUACGCCUCGACAUCGCAGACUCGCUCUGAUUUCUCGAGCGUAACCAAGAAAGCUAAAGGAUUCGUUACCGCUACGCAAACGAGAUCAGAAGUCAAUAUGACUCAACAACAAAUCUCUAAAGGUGUCGGGUCAACACAAGUGAGAUCUGAAGUCAGCAUGAGCUCACAACAGCAGCUGAGUAGACUGAACAAUAUGUCCGGUCUGAAAGUGGUGAAAACGAGUUCUAAACAAAUGAUGCAAGUUGAGGAAAGGUGUGAAAUGAGUCCCGGGAAAAGAAAUACUUUAGAAGCUCUCGAAAAGCUACAACGACAAGGACUUUUAGUAAAGAAACCGCGAAUAGAAGAGCAAGGCCACGCUUUUAGUGAAAGUGAUGAAGAGAUGGACGAGCAAUGACCAAUCUAUCUCUACAAGAAUUGUCUUGAUAAGACUAUAAUACUUUUUUCAUUUAAUGAUUACUGUUUUUUAGAUGUAAAACGAUUUAACAUUUCAUAUUUUAUGACUGGUAGUGAAUACAAAAUUUUCUAGUUUGAAGUAAUUAAUUAGCAGGGUUGCCACCCGUCCCGUUUUUGCCGGGACAGCCCCGAUUUCGAAGACGUGGUGCCGCUUCUCGACGACCGAUCGGUUUUGUCCCAAUUUUUGACAAUGUGCGAUAGGCUCAAUCAAAAAUCACAGGCACUCAACCCAGUCACGCGCCAUCCACCGCGCAACGAACAUACACAUGUCUUGUUCAGACUUCAUAAAUAAAUACAAAAAUUAUGUAGAAUUAUUAAAAGGGGCUCGUGACAACAAAAAAAAAUACGUAUGUAAAAAUUAAUUAUAUAAAAUAAAUACAAAUAAAAACACAAUAAAAUUUCAUUUGCCUUAGACUGUCUCACAUCAUAUUUGAUUGGACCAAAUUCCGAACGUUCCGAACUCUGAUGGUUGCCGAAUCGUCCCGAUUUUUUUUCCCUGAAGGUGGCAACCCUGCUAAUUAGGUUCUAUAUUGAAUGCCCUACUUGCUCUAAAUUCCUCGUUGGAAUACCGAAGCUUACUUAAGAGUUGAACAUGUAUAUAUUGUAUUAAAUAAUGUCUCAUAUAUAAAAUAAAAUAUGGAAAAUGUAGCAUAGAAUUUUUCGGAAUUGUGCAAGAUUGCGGGUGAUUUUGUUGAAAACUGUAUUUGAUUAUAUCUUACCUUCCAAUGCAGAUAACUAUUUAACCCUGUUGGAAUUUCAUAAGAGAGAGAGAGUCGGCCAUUAAAUAGUUAUAUAGUUUAGUAUAUUGGUUAAAAUGUAUUUUUCUUCAAAAGCGAUACAUUUAAUUUCCCAAGUUUGCCUCGAUAAUCACUAUUCAAAGCCUCCAGCAUUUUAUUGGCGUGGUUUUGCUAAUUAGCUUCCAUCGUUGAUAAUUUCAACAAAAUGACAUUUGGCCUAAAAUGGAAAAAAAAAAUUGAAUUGAGCGCUUUAAAUUAACUUGUCUAAAGUACAUCAGCGCUGUCGUGAAACUAUAACAGAGGGCCAAGUGGCAGUUUGAUACUGUUACCGUCACGUAACGUAAACGCGAAUUUCUAAGGAAUUGAAACAGCGCCAUCUAGUGGCACUACUUCACAACUGUUUCAAUUCCAUAUGAAUUUGCGUUUACGUCACCGUGAUAGUAACAGUAUGAAAAUAUUGAAACUCCCACUAGGCACACUGUAGUAUGCACGCUACGAGAUAUUAGUGAAGAGAAAAAAAUAGUAAAAUAUUACCGAUAACGCAUCGCAUGGAAAAUAUCGAUGUUUUCCAUCGCAACGAAAGAGCGAGAAAGCGAUGAUGAUGAACUUAAACAUACUGUCGUAUUAUAUAGUGUAAUAGCCCGGGAUCCGUGGAACAAAGGACAUGUCCAAAUUUUGUAUGGAGGCUGGGACCUUUAUUCCGAGUGUCAACUAAGCAGAACAAAUUAUUUUUAUCUCAUAAGAAAUAACAUGUAGGGCUUAAAACCCAAAAUAAAAAAAUCUUUCCCUAAAAAAAAAAUUCUUAAAAAUCCCGCAUUUUUUUUUAAAUUAAUAUAAUAAAAUGUAUUGUUUUCAUUAGCUGACAACAUUAAGAUUUUUUAUCAUGGCAACAUGCUUGUAACUCACACCCUGAUAGCUUGUCAGUGAUCUUUGCGUAGUAGCGUUCGUUUAUGGCGUUUUUACAGCAAUUUAAGGAUUUUUUUUGUUUAAUGCUUCUCUGUCUACGAUUUAAUGUUUUUUUUAACUUGCGUCUUAUUGACAUUUGAUAAUAUUACAUGACAUUGUCCGCUUACACCGGAUAUGAAUUAAAUUCCACGUAUUUUAUUGGCUGUUUUGUACACUUUUACUGUAUUGUCUAUGUUUAAUUUGUAGACAAGGGAGCGAAACAAAAAACAAUUUUAUCUAAUUAAUGCGGUUUUCAAAAAUUCUGAAAAUUAUUUUCUUAGCAAUUUGUAUCUUCUAUCCGUAAAAAUACUAUCGAUCUGCUUAUAAACUAUAAAUAAUAAAGGCCCAUUUUGGGACAUGUCCUUUACAAGUGAUUACUAUAACAUUUUUAUUUAGGUACGGAAAUUCUUGAUUUUGGUUACUAAGUGGGUUACCAGGUAAUAAAAAUUUGUGAGCGUCGAAACGUUAUUUCAAUACCUAGUAAUCCACUUAGCUACCAGAAAUAAGAAUUUUCGUAAAUUAAAAAGUUGAGCGUCUCAUCAAGAUUAACUUGUAAAUUUGUUCCACGGAUCACGGUUAUAAUAGGGAUGAUGACAGUGUUUUAAAUUGUAUAUAAAUUAAGAGUACGCUAAUAAUAAAGCAAUUUUGUAAAAGGAACAGGGUAUCUGCGAUCAUUACUUUCGGAGAUACAGGGAUCAGAUUUGCGGCGCUGCCGCGGAUCCCUGAAAAACGCCCCAUACAAAAUGGCACGAACUAAUGACGUAAUUACGAUAAAAGAUUUUUAAUAGAUUUUGAAAUUUUAUAAUCUCAUUUAAUUUGCAAAUAUUCAGACAAUCUUUGCUUUUUAUAUAUAAAUUAGUUAACAAUGACCCUAUUUACCGUAUCAUAAAAAUCAAUAUAUUCAAACCUAGUCAUCAUCCCCAUUGAUUUUACCAGUUUAAUUAGGACACUUACACCAUUUGUAAUAUUAUUUAAUGAAUUUGGCGUCUCACGAUUACACACGAAGGUGUGUAGACAGCACACAACCUAUGUAUGUGCUGUUAAUCAACCAGUCAACUAGUUAACUAGUAAACCGGUAAGUAGACUUACCUACACAGUUAACUAGUAAAACCAGUAAGUAGACACCUAUACAGUUAACCAGUAAAUCUGUAAGUAGACUUACAUAUACAGUUAACUAGUUAACCAGUAAGUAGACUUACCUACACAGUUAACUAGUAAAACCAGUAAGUAGACUUACCUAUACAGUUAACUAGUUAACCAGUAAAUCAGUAAGUAGACUUACCUACAGUUAACUAGGUAAAUACGUGACACAUCUCUACCUUAAGACAAAACACUGUAUCUAAAGAAAACAAGUAUAUUCUUUAUUUUAGUUACUAUAAAACGAUCUGCAGAUAGGUACAGUGUAAUGUACAAAGUGCGGUGGAUCGUCAGUCGGGCGUGUCAUUUGUACUGAUUCUUUAUUUAUGCUUAAAAUGUAAUGUACUGUGUUUGACUACUUAUAAGGAUAAUUGUGAACUUCUUACUCAAGAAUAGGUUCAAAGUAAUUAAAAAUUCAAAGUAAUCCCUUUUUUAUUGUAGGGCGCAUACAUUGAGUGGUUAACAUAACCUGGUGUAUUAUUUAUUUUGAUGUUCAUUAUUAUUUACUGUAUACCUGCUUACUUACCUGUGUUUUUUGUCUCAAUUGACUUUUUUUUUCUAAUUGAGCUGUAGGACACUACAAUGCAUGUGCGGUGUGCCUGUCAAUUACGAUAAUAGUUUAUUUUUUUAUUGAAUGUUCUUAUAAUUGCUAUAUCACACACACAUACACAUGAUUGUGUAUACGUUACUUUACAUUUUCAUUUGUAUGGAUUAGGCUUUGAAACUAAUCAGUUGUAUUGAUUUAAUAAAUCAGGGAUAUGAUUUAUUUAUUAAAUCAAUAUAUAAUCCAGUUCGAUACUGUCUAAAUACCUACUUCUAUAUUCUAUAUAGGUGAUUUAAUAAUACAAAAAGAUUUAAUGCGAAAAUCAUUGUGUAUGUAUAUAUAAUGUUUGUAUUGUAGUACCUAAGGACAUACAUAAUAAUUAUGCGAUAGGUACAAUUUGGAAGAAAUUUUUGGUUGAUAGAAGUAAGAAACAUCAUUAAGUAAAAUUAAUGUUUGUUCCUAAGUUAUUUAUCGUUUGACAUUAAUAUUAUUAUUGUAAAUAAUACUUUAUAUUGCUAUUAAUAAAAAUAUUAGAGAAGU